ACCACAGACCAGUGGAACAUCUUUGGGUGCACCAUGCCACCACAGACCAGUGGAACAUCUUUGGGUGCACCAUGCAAACAGAAAGAGUGCAUCCUUCCCAACAACAGAGCAGACUUCGGUGAUUGGACGAGACGAAAAAAAAAUCACCCGGCUUGGGCACAAAGAACUGUGCGGUACUAAUUAUUGAGUAAAAAUGGCGCUGUCGUCUGCAGGAGGAACAAAGAAGAAAGUUUGCUAUUACUAUGAUGGCGACGUGGGUAAUUAUUACUAUGGUCAGGGUCAUCCCAUGAAACCCCACAGGAUCCGUAUGACCCACAACCUGCUGCUCAACUAUGGACUGUACAGGAAGAUGGAGAUAUACAGACCUCACAAGGCCAAUGGAGAGGAGAUGACCAAGUACCACAGUGACGACUACAUCAAGUUCCUGCGUUCCAUCCGGCCAGACAACAUGUCAGAACACAGCAAGCAGAUGCAGAGAUUUAAUGUGGGAGAGGACUGCCCAGUGUUUGACGGCCUGUUUGAGUUUUGUCAGCUCUCAACGGGAGGCUCUGUCGCGGGGGCAGUGAAGCUAAACAAGCAGCAGAUGGACAUCGCCAUCAACUGGGCCGGAGGACUCCAUCACGCCAAGAAGUCUGAGGCCUCUGGGUUCUGCUACGUCAACGACAUAGUCCUCGCCAUCCUGGAGCUGCUCAAGUACCACCAGAGGGUGUUGUACAUAGACAUCGACAUUCACCAUGGAGACGGAGUGGAAGAGGCUUUCUUCACCACAGACCGGGUCAUGACUGUCUCCUUCCACAAGUAUGGAGAAUACUUCCCAGGCACCGGAGACCUGAGGGACAUUGGAGCAGGAAAGGGAAAGUACUAUGCUGUAAACUACCCUCUCAGAGACGGCAUCGACGACGAGUCUUAUGAAGCCAUCUUCAAACCUGUGAUGGCUAAAGUGAUGGAGAUGUUUCAGCCCAGUGCUGUAGUGUUACAGUGUGGAGCGGACUCUCUCUCAGGAGACAGACUGGGCUGUUUCAACCUGACCAUCAAAGGUCAUGCUAAGUGUGUUGAGUACAUGAAGAGUUUCAACCUGCCUCUGUUGAUGUUGGGAGGUGGUGGUUAUACCAUCCGUAACGUGACCCGCUGCUGGACCUACGAGACCGCCGUGGCUCUGGACAGCACCAUACCUAACGAGCUGCCAUACAACGACUACUUUGAAUACUUCGGCCCUGACUUCAAGCUCCACAUCAGCCCGUCUAACAUGACCAAUCAGAACACCAAUGAUUACCUGGAGAAGAUCAAACAGAGGUUGUUUGAGAACCUGCGUAUGCUGCCUCACGCCCCGGGGGUCCAGAUGCAGGCCAUCCCUGAAGACGCUCCACACCCGGACUCUGGAGACGAGGAGGACGAGGACCCUGACAAACGCAUCUCCAUCAGGGCCCAUGAUAAGAGGAUAGCCUGUGAAGAGGAGUUCUCUGACUCAGAGGAUGAGGGACAGGGAGGAGGGGGAAGGAGGAACGCUGCCAACCACAAGAAGACCAAACGAGUCAAGACUGAGGAGGAGAAAGAGGAGACGGAGGAGAAGAAAGAAGUGAAAGAGGAGGAUAAAGACGCAGAAGAGAAGAUGGACACAACCGGGCCAAAAGAAGAAACUAAGACGUGUUGAAGCAUCAGAUAUGCGUGGGUUACCAGGUGCACGUGCACACAGCAACCACAAUGGACUGUAAAUUAUUCUCUUAAUGCUGUUUUAGUAUUUCCUCAUACGCGGGAAAAUCUUUUGGGCUUUGUCAGUGUUGAAAUGCAAGGUGUUUUAAAAUUAUUUUUUACUCGCAUCUCUACCACAUUCCUUUUUUUCCCCUGAACCACAUGUUUCUGUCAUGGCACCUCAACACCACCUGAGAAUCUGAAGCAGUAGGGACUUGUUCCUGUCGUGGAGCCUGCUUCAGAUUCUCAGGUGGUAUUGAGGGGAAAGGGGGGGGGUACCUAGUUGUACGAAAGGUUGCUGGAUCGAAUCCCCGAGCUGACAAGGUAAAAAUCUGUCAUUCUGCCCCCUGAGCACGGCAGUUAACCCACUGUUCCCCGGGCAUCGAAGACAUCGAUUAAGGCAGCCACCCCCCCCCCCCGCACCUCUCUGAUUCAGAGGGGUUUGGGUUAAAUGCGGAAGACACAUUUCAGUUGAAUACAUUCAGUUGUACAACUGACUAGGUAUCCCCCCUUUCCCCUCAACAUCACCUGCGAAUGUGAAGCAGUAGGGGCUUGUUUCUGUUACGGAGCCUCAACAUCACCUCUAGUCUAAAAAGAGGGUGGUCAGGAUUCAAUCCAAGCCACGUUUAUAGUGCACUGUUCUCUAGCGGUCUUUUUAAAGGCUAUUUACACUGGAGCUGAUACUGUGAAUGUGAUCUCUCUGCCACUCUAGGGGGAAAAAAAUGUCUUUACAACAGCUGCAUUGUCUGAUGCGCUGCUUUUUUUUUUUUAACGCACCUUGGAUUGAAUCCCGGCCUCAGUUCCUCCAUCUUCACUGACCUGAGGUAACGUGACAAGUGAAAGCCAGUCCCCCUGAUAAGACACCUGUCAUAUCACUUUCACCUAUCCAUCUGGACUGAUCCAAGAACUGAAAGAGUUGUAAAGGAAUCCACUUUCCACUGCAGAUAUUCAUUCCCCUUUUGAACAAUAGUCAUUCACAAGUCACCAGCCCUAUUCUGCCGUUUAAGUUAUUUUUGAAUCAUGGAGCAACAUACACUGAGUGUGCAAAACAUUUUUAAAGCUGCUAUAUGUAACUAUUUGGGUGACCUGAUCCAAUUGAAAUGUGUGUGUUUUAUAGAUCUGUCAUUCUUAAUUGGAAAGGAAGUAGAUCUGUUUUGUCUUAUUUCUAUGCUUCCUUUUUUAAUAUAUAUAUUUUUUUUAAAGCACCAUUUAUUUUCUUUUGUUUUUAUAAAUCAGCUUCAAACAGCUGACAAUACAAUUGUUUUUUUGUUAUGGAAAAAACGGUACAAUAUACAUGUUUUGUCAAACUGAAAUUAGGCAAACUAUUAGAAUUUUAGAUUUUAGCAACCAGGAAAUGGCAGAGUGAUUUCUGCAUAGUGCAGCUUUUUUUAAGAACACUUUCCUAAUAUUGAGUUUCACCCACUGUCCUUUUGUUCUCAGAACAGCCUCAAUUCAUCAGGGCAUGAACUCUACAAGGUGUUUGAAAGUGUUCCACAGGGAUGCUGGUCCAUGUUGACUCCAAUGCUUCCCACAGUUGUGUCCAGUUGGUUGGAUGUGCUUUGUUUUGGUGGAUGUUUCUUGAUACAUACAGGAAACAACCGCGCUGCAGUUCAUGACUCAAACCGGUGCACCUGUCACCUGCUACCGUACCCCGUUCAAAGGCACUUGGAUUGUGUGUGUGUGUGUGUGUGUGUGUGUGUGCCAUUGAGGGUGAAUGGGCAAGACAAAAGAUUUUGUCUCGGUUUGAAAAUCCUUCUCCACCCCUUCAUCUAUGCGGAUUUAACAAGUGCCAUCUUUUUUUAUUUACUCUUUAACUAGGCAAGUCGGUUAAGAACAAAUUCUUAUUUACAAUGACGGCCAAACCCUGACGACGCUGGGACAAUUGUGCGCUGCCCAAUCGCAGCCGAAUCUGAUACAGCCAGGAAUCGAACCGGGGACUGUAGUGACGCCUCUUUCACUGAAAUGCAGUGCCAUUCGGGAGCCCAAAUAAGGGAUAUGUUUCAGCUGUUUUCACCUGGUCAGUCUGUCAUGAAGAGAUGUUUUGUAUACUAUACAUUCUGCUUUACUCUGUUCCCUGGGUUGGCUUCUCUCAGAUGACUCUACACUCCUUCCUUACCUCGUUUUAUAUUUCUAACAGGAAAUGUUUUUUUUUUUUAAGUCAUUGGGUAUGUUGAACGUUCAAGGGUGAGGUUUCCCCUAAGUACAGCUCCAAGAUCCGCUGUAGACGUUUAGUAAGGAAAAUACAAAACUGACCCAAGUGAUCAGCGUGUAGGGGAAACUUCACCCUACACCUUUGGGAACAGGCUCAUGUUUUAAGCCCUUGGUAUUUUCUACUGUAAUAGGUGAGAAUAUGGUGUUUUGGUUGUGAUUACAAAUGUGUGUAACUUGUUUUAUAAUGAAAAAAGUAUUGCUUUUUGUGCUUGGUUGUUUUUCUUAUUACAUUACAAGUUCUUAUAAAAGAGAUUUCAAAAGGCAA